GCAGUGCGCGAUGUUUACCAGCGCCGCCAGUCUGUUCUUCUGCCGAUUUUUAUUUAAGACCGCCGCCACUCACUGCCGCCACAUUUGCGACUGUGGACCUCUUCUUCUUCUGGAUAGUACGCGCACUUCCGGUUUCAUCUUACCAUGGAUAAUCUAUUAUUCCUGCUUUUAGCCGGUCUCCUGGCCAGCUGUCACGGCCAGUACGGCACGGAGGAGUACGACCCGGUGACGGGGGCGCUGCUGGGCGAGUGCACCUUCUACGGCGACUACACCACCGACUGCACCGGCCGCCUCACCUGCCGUCCCUCCGACGUCGAGGAGCGCCCCACUACCGCCAGCCUGGACCGCAGCUGUCCCAAGACGCCCGGCACCAAGUCCGGCAAGUGGGACCGCGACCAGUCCGUGAUCCCCGCCAACCAGAUCAGCAGCGACGCCGGCGCCGGCCGUCUGUGCAAGUGCCAGUUCUACGCCAACCACCGCACCGGCAACUUCAAGUGCACCAGCGUGCAGGGCGACACCUGGAAGGGCACCUUCUCCGGCUCCCUCAACACCGCCUUCCGCCUGGGCCUGCCCUCUUCCGGCUUCGGCACCUACCAGUACGUCCCCGACUCUGGUUCGGGCGGGCGCUACCGCGGCACGGCGGACGACGACACCUACGGCUCCUCCUACAACCGCUACACCACCGGCUCGCCCUACGACCGGCAGCGCGACCGCGACACCCGCUACACCACCUCCUCCUACGACCGCUUCCGGGACCGCGACAACUACAGCGGCGGCCGCUACUCCACCGGUCUGGACGCCAGCCGCGACCGCGACCCCUACUACCGCGACAACGAGGUCGGCACCGGCGGCACCCGCGACCGCUACCAGACGACGUACCGCGGCACCGACAGCAACGACCGCGACUCGCGCUACAACUCCCGCACCACUUCCGAGGUGGUGAUGUGCACGUACAACAACGACGGCAAGGGCAGCUGCCGCGACUGCACGGAGCGCGUGGAGCGCCGCGAGCUGACGACGGAGAUCCGCACGACCAAGCACUACACGUGCUCGGGCCCGGACAACAAGGUCAGCUGGCCCAACACCGGCGGCAUCAUCCCGCGCGGCGUCAAGGCCGACCCGUACGCGUACAACAAGAAGGUGGUGGCCACCUGCGUCUUCCGGCCGGACGACGGCAAGCGCUUCGAGUGCCACGGCUCCAGCACCGACGGCGACUGCGCCGGCACCGGCACCUACGGCUCCUCCGGCUUCGGCAGCAGCAGCACCGGCGGCGCCAACCAACGCUGCAUCGGCGGCGAGAAAUGGACCGGCACCUACUCCGGCAACAUCUACUGAAAACCGCGCUUUUCUACGAUAUAGUAAAGGUCACUAUUUCUCUUUCAGCUUCUUGCCGGUGAUUGAGCAAUUACGUAUAAUGAGGGUCGUCAUUAAGCAAUAGUGUGUGAUUUAUAUUAAACAAAAUCCCCAUGUAA